AACAAUAUAUAUAUAAUUGCUGAAUGUUGAAUUGGAUAAGUUAGCCAAAAAUGCUUGCCCCGAAGACUAGGGUCCUUCUCUUCAUACUCUUUAUUUCAACAGGUCAUGCACUUAAGUGCCAUACAUGCAAUUCUCUUACUGACCCAGGAUGCAAUAAUGUCAAGUUUGAGCCUUUGAACAAAACAAACUUGUUCGAGGACUGUGAAGUUUCUUUUAAACGCACCGUUACUGCGAUGGGAAUUAGUAUUGCUAAAAUCGAUGAACUGGACCUCAACACAUGCUCAGACGCUUGUACUAAGGUCACUUUAACUGCGGGUAAAGAAACGUUCACAUUUCGUGGCUGUUCCAUUCUAGGAGAGAAAACUUGCGACAUCUUGAAUAAAUUGCCAAAACCCCGAUCUGAUAUAACAUGUAUAAACUGCCAACAAUGUACAGACAAGGAUUACUGCAACAAUGCAAACAGCAAGGUUCCAUUCGCCUCAGUCAUUUUAAUGGCUGCAUUGAGUUUGGUGCUCAAAUUUUGAGCUUAUCAUAAUUAUUUCCAAAUUGUUGUUUACUAAAAAAAUUUAUUUCAUUGACAAUACACAAUUUUGUCAAAAUAUUGUGCUAUAAUAAUAAUGAUUUCCUUAGCUUUUAAAAUAUCUUUGAUGAGAUGAUUUAUUUACUUGUCCGUCAUUGUGUCUCUUCUUAUUAUCAGAAAUACCAGAACAAUAAAAAUAUUAUUUGUGUUG